UAAUAUCGCUUUAAUGUGUUGGGGUAGUAUAACCUAGAACUGAACUCCGUUGACCAUGUGCAAAUUCAUGGCUUCUCUGGGGACCUUUCUUGUUAGCUUCUUAAUUUAAUUCAAACAACUUCGUAUUGGUUGUUCAAUUCAAAAUGCAUUUCUAGUUGAGAUAACCGGUCAGUGCUGUUGAUCCAUAUGUGGAUUUGGAAGAUAACUGGUUGUUAUUGGGUGCGUUCUGUGAUUUCUUGUUGGUCUUUAGCCUUACUGUCAGUAGAAAUAUUCAGUACCCAUGCGGGGGUUGAAGUAAGACGUAGCAUUUUGUUUUCCGAGUUGAACAAUUAGCAAUUUCAGAUGUUGGUUAAAGGAAGGAAAAUUUCCGGCAGGGGGGAGACAGUGGCAUUAAAUUAUGCUUUUGAUCCGGCUGAAGAUGAGAUAAUCAUAAAACAUAGGCUUCUGACCCGCACCACUACCACCAGGGGCGAACCCCCAUUGAAAAAGCUUCAGAAGAAGUUCACCUCAUUUGCACUUGAGAUCGAGAAGGAUGAGGAUAACUUCAAUGACUGUGCAAGACUUUCCAAGGCUUUCUUACAGGAACUGUCCACUUUUGAGAUCCCACUCCUCAAGAGCCAAGCAGUUAUUGAGGCAAAUCUUAGAGAAAAGGAGAAUUUCAACGAGUUGAAAUCUGAGACAAAUAGGCAGAUUUUGCAAGCACAAGCUGAUAUAGAAGAUCUAAAGAAACAGCUUGAGGAGAGUAAAAUUGAAAGACAGCACAAGGAGGAGUGUGAGGCGACCAGGAAAUUGAUUUCUGCACAGCCACCCAGAUCAGAAACCCAAAAGAUCAUAAGAGAGCUUGAGAAAGAAAUUGCAGAAUUGGAGGCUGAGAAUACUGCCAGUCAAAGGCUUUUGGAACUUCGCAAGAAACAAUUUGCUCUGUUAUUGCAUGUGGUGGAUGAGUUGCAAAAUACCAUAGAAGAAGAGCAAAAGAGCUUAGUUGAAGAGCUUAGAAUGACGGCUGAAGAACAAAAGAAUCUAUUAGAGGAUGCUAAUGGGAGCUCAGAGGCCAUGGCCAUUGAUUAGAUCCAUGUAACAUAUAGUUUAGGCAGGGUAAUUCUGUGCACUACGGUCAUUGAGAAGAAAAAAAUAGGCUCUGUUCCUUUUGCUUUUUAAGACAAGGGUUUCUACCCUAUUAAAUUAUUGUGUCGGACAGUUUUCUUCUCCUCUUGAUGCAGUGCAUAAAUAUUUUUCUUCUUUGAGAAAUCGAUGCGUUCCAUAUCUAAAUCGUAAAUGUUGAAAAUGGUGAAUUACAAACCC